AUGACGUGCCCUCUGUUGCCAAGAAGUCCAAGACUACAAGACAAGAAGCCAUUUCUUCCGCUCCCACUAAAUUAUUCUAUCAUCACCAAACACCCAGAAUUGUUCAAAGAUGGCGCCAAGCAGACGUCGGCCCACCGCUAGAGGACGGAGGACCACAGUCAGGAGGAGGAGGCCCGCAGCUCGACAGUCGAGAAACAGCUACCAAGGUCGACGAAGGCGCAGCUCCACCCCCAAACGUAAACGCCGGAGCAAACUGCCAGAGUUUGAGUAUCCUAAGACAGUCCCAAAGAACAUGCAGGACGUCAAGUUCAACUCUUACAUCAAGAAGGUGUCGAAGCGCAUACAGCCCUAUCACAUCCUGAACGGGAAGUCGGUCAGGAUGAUAGACGCCCUAUUAAAAAACGCCCUGCACAGUAUCGCCAACCAAGCCAAAACCAAGAUGGGACGGAGGAAAGUUCUCAAGCCCCCCAUCAUCACUCGAGCCCUGAGGAAAAUGAUCCCCAAAUCUAUCUUGGAAAGAGCCCACGAGCAUGCUCAGCGAGCCCUGGACAAGUACGAGUCACGAACAAGGCGGUAUUAAACUCCGGUUCUGUUGUCCAGACUUCUUGGACGUUCGCGUAAUAGAUUAGUAGAUCUUCAAUAAAGACACCAGGAUCCAUCUUUCACGUCAUCAAGUCUAGUGCUCAUCACAUGUUUCAUGCCCUGAGGAUAGAAUCAAAUUGUGAUAGAUCAAUAGGUGGAUAUCAUCGCAGAUUGGUAGAAGUAAAUUUGACUCGUAUAAAGGUGAUUGGUUGAAAAAAUGGGCGCGGAAGUGACGUAUGCCGACAACAUUGAUGACUUCAUUGACCAGUAUGUUGAUAUCUAGUUUCUUGGCCUUAGGAGUGGGUGAAGUCUGCGGCAUGUGUUUUGUGAGUAAUGGCACCUACGACAUCUUUGUGAAAUUGUGACAUCUUUGUGAAUUUGUGACAUCUUUGUGAAUUUGUGACAUCUUUGUGAAUUUGUGACAUCUUUGUGAAUUUGUGACAUCUUUGUGAAUGUGCGACAUCCGCAUUAAUUAGACAUUGAAAUAAACAUGCACAUAAAGGGA